AUGAGAAAUUUUUGCAUUUGUAUCCUCCUCCAAGUCUAUUUAAUUUUCUUCAUUUUUCCAGCUUGCUCUUCUGCGUACGGUAAUGAGCUUGAAGUUCUGUUGAAGCUCAAGUCGGCCAUGACUGGGCCCAAAGGCUCGGGCCUAGAGGAUUGGAAGGACUCUUCGUCUCCAACGGCUCAUUGCUCCUUCUCCGGAGUUUCAUGUGACGACGACUCACGGGUUGUUUCUCUCAACGUGUCUUAUACUCCUCUUUACGGUUUUCUGCCGCCGGAUAUUGGGUUACUGGACAGGCUGGUGAACCUAACGAUCUCCGGCGACAAUCUCACGGGGAGACUCCCGAUGGAGAUGGCAAACCUCACGUCGCUCAAGGUCUUCAACAUCUCUAACAACCUCUUCAACGGCAAAUUUCCCGGAGAAAUCAUUGUUGGAAUGACAGAGCUCGAGGUUCUCGACACGUACAACAAUAACUUUUCUGGGCCUCUUACGACUGAGCUGGUGAGCUUGAAAAACCUGAGACACCUUUGUCUCGGAGGGAACUACUUUUCGGGUCCAAUUCCGGAGAGUUACUCGGAGAUUCAGAGCCUCGAGUUCUUGGGUUUGAACGGAAACGCACUCACGGGCAAAGUUCCGGCUAGUUUAGCUCGGUUAAAGAAUCUCAAAAAAAUGUACUUGGGGUACUACAACUCUUUCGAAGGGGGUAUUCCACCGGAGCUGGGAUCGCUCAGCUCGCUUCAAAUCCUCGACAUGGCAAGUUGUAACCUCCACGGCGAGAUUCCCACGAGCCUCGGCCUUUUGAAGAACUUGGACACGUUGUUUCUACAAGUCAACCGCCUCACAGGUCAUAUACCUCCUGAACUUUCUGGUUUGGUCAACUUGAGAGGGCUGGAUCUUUCCAUCAACGAACUCGUUGGAGAAAUCCCAGAAAGUUUCUCAAGGCUAACAAAUAUUAGCCUAAUUCAUCUGUUUAAGAAUAGCCUUCACGGUCCAAUCCCUUCGUUUAUCGGAGACCUUCCGAAUCUUAAAGUGCUUCAGUUAUGGGAGAACAACUUCACCUUUGAACUUCCGGUGAACCUAGGCCGGAAUGGAAAACUCCGAGAACUUGACGUUGCUACGAACCAACUCACCGGCCCGAUUCCUCGAGAUUUAUGUAAAGGAGGGAAGUUGUCUACGUUGAUUUUGAUGGAAAACUUGUUUACUGGCUCAAUUCCUGAGCAGCUCGGUGACUGCAAGUCCUUAACGAAAAUCCGAAUCAGGAAGAACUUACUCAACGGGACGAUCCCGGCUGGGAUUCUUAACUUGCCUUUGGUUUACAUGAUCGAGGUCAACGACAACAACUUCUCCGGCGAGCUUCCAUCCGAAAUCUCAGCUGACGCACUUGAAAUUCUCACGCUUUACAACAAUAGCAUCACCGGAAAAAUCCCUCCGGCGCUUGGAAAUCUCAAAAACCUACAAACUUUGUCCCUGGAAAUGAAUAGAUUUUCGGGUGAGCUCCCUAGUGAAAGCUUCGAUUUACCGAAGUUGUCAACCAUUAACAUCAGCGCCAACAACCUUAGCGGUGAGAUCCCAUCUUCGAUAGCUCGCUGUACUUCUCUUUCCUCCAUCGAUUUCAGCCGAAACAAUCUCUCCGGGGAAAUCCCAAAAGAGAUCGCUAAGUUGAGAAUUCUCAGCACUCUUAAUCUUUCUCAUAACAGCCUCACUGACCAUAUACCAUACGAAAUGUGCGGGUUGACAAGCCUCUUUACCUUGGACCUGUCCUAUAAUAAUUUAGCGGGAAAAGUUCCAAGUUGUGUACAGUUUCUCAUUUUCCAUGACAGUUCAUUCGCUGGAAACCCAAAUCUCUGUUCCCCAAGCCAGGUCUCUUGCCCACCUUUGCUCAGUCCGGUUCAAGAAUCGGGUCAAGCCAGGGGGAAGUUUUUCUCUCCGGUGCUCAUUGUGGCUAUUGCACCGUUCGUCACUGCUCUAUUACUGGUACCACCUCGAUGCUAAUUGCUAAAGACAUGGGCGCGAAUGCAAAAGCGGUGGAGCUGGGAUCGUGUGUAGCGGGAAGACCACGUCAUAACUCAUUGAUGACCGUUGUAGCCUCAUUACUGGGUAAGAAUUUCGUGACAAUCGAAUUGAGACAAAUAUGUUUUAUUUUGUAAUGUCAUAAUAAGAUAGUAAUGGAUAA